CGCCAACGCAGCAACCCAAAUGCUGUAGGUAGAUGCGCAAAAGAAAAACAAAUCAAACCACCAGUGCGGACGCAAUUGACGUAUCAGAGAGUUCCAUUGAAGACAUGCCACAGACAGCAUGGAAUAAAUUGCCCCCACAUCCCGAUGUUCAUCUGAUUGUUUCACUACCAAGAUAUCAGGUGCAUGUUGCUUAGCGACGUCGUAUCAAGCCGGGAGGUAUGGACACCACAUACCUACCUACCUCGAUUUCCCCGAAACUUCCUUUGGCUAUUUUAUAAUUUAUUCGUCUUUGAGCUCUCAACACGAUAUAUCGGUCAAUUUCAUCGCCAAAUAAGAAACUCUCUACGCGGUGGAGUUAGUUGCGCGGCUGUCAGCAACCUACUGGCCCCGAUGGGACUGACUGCCUGCAGAGGAGAUGCACGUCGGCCCGGCAGCUCGGACGAAGCUUCGGCCAAGAUUCCCUAGCUGCCGACUGUUCUGAGACAUGCUGAGCGGGUUUCUCACGUGAGGAGGCUCUGCUUAAUCAUUGCACUUCUAACUGCAGUUUGGCUGGAGCCGCAGUUGUGGGCAAAGAUGGCUGUUGCUCAUGGAUGAUGUAUACUUUGGUUUGUCAACAAGACACUAACAGCUCAUUUGAGACGUCUUGAAGCCGUGACAACGGUAUAUAAUUACAGGUCUGGUCUUCGUAAUCGAGUUUUAUCAAGGACCUUUAAGAUGGCUCGACCUUGAUGAACUAAGGUCAACUGGGCUUUCACAAUUGCGUUGUUCGCUCUCUAGAAAAGCCGGGUUGCAUACAAGAAUCCCUAAAUCACUGUUGCGGAAAAGCAUGCCAAGUAAUGGUAGAACUCCAGGCUUCUCGAUACUUGAAUGUUCAUCACAGAUUCUCGAGUGGAUUUUUCAGCAACCAAGAAAAGUCCCACAUCCGAUUGUCGGAGUCUAGACAGUCUUCGAUAUUUCUGGUUUAUAAUAUUUUCCACGCCAAGGCUGGCUAGAGGCAGGAUUUGUUGACACGAUAGAGCAGUCUCGCAACGGCGAUGGUAGGACUCGAUCUGAUUCGCCGCAGAUCCUACUCCAUCGCAGUUGCGCGAGAGCCAAACGCACGAAAUCGCGUGGCAUGCAGCUGUCUUGCAGCGGCAGACGCAGGUCUGGGGCUAUUGGGACCGCGUUGUCGAGGAACCUGGGACCCUCUGAUUGGACAUGGAGGGGCAAAGCUUGCCGUCAUUCACACCCGCACCCACACCCACACCACUACCCACCUCAGGCUUGAAGCUGUGCCGGUGCUAUAAGUACCAUUUUCUGUCUCCUCAGCCUCCUUCACGUCCGUCGGGACAAGUCAACAUCGGUGGUCAGGCUGGCCGCCAUUUCUAGGCCCAUUGACUUUCCCGUCGCAGCUGCGUCAGAUCGCAAUGAUGGAGAAACAGACUGCCAGCGCAACCGCUCCCUCUCCGGGCCGGUAUGUGGUGACCAUGGGGCUGGGCCAGGAAAGAUGGGUAGGCAAGAGAGGUGCGGCUUUUGGUUUUAAGGAGCAUGAAGUGCCAUAAUGUCACGCUUUCUGGCACCUCGUGUCUAUCCGUAUACCAUCUGUUCGCCUUGCUUUUCUUUUUAGUAUGGAAUAAGUUGGCGCUUCUAUCAUACAGAAAGAAAAAACAAGAAGGCAGAAAACAGCAUGUCACAAAACAUCAGCAGUAGAGGCCAGACCUCACUGGCCGGUGUUCUUCGACUAAAAGGGACUAGUUCUAGUUCUACCAAAGAGGCAGUGUAUUGUUCUGGAAAAGUCUCACCACAGUUCGCCAUUGCCGCCAGCGAGACGUCGAGAUCAUCGACACCUGUAACAGAUGCCUCGACCUACAAGACAUCGUCCUCGGUCAGCUCGUGGGGCACCGGUUCUGGGUCGCAAGAGAGGGACGGUGAAGACUGCAGCUAUCCGGAGAGCUGCAAGAAGGAGUUUAGUGACAACAAGUGGGAUGAAGAGAGUGCACCGGACCGGUCUCGCACAAAGUCAUCGGAGCGCCCGACGUACCCAGUUGCCCUGAGACCGUUGCAUUCGGGCCGUGAUCGGAAGUCGGAAAGCGACUCGGGUCAGGCGAUGGGAGGCUGGGCCAGCAUGCCCCCAUCGUCUCGCGGGGUUAGGGCGGCACUAGGCUCCGAAGCGAGCGAGGACGAGUCCUGUAUGGCUGACGAGGAGGACCAGUAUACCGACGAGUGGAGUGGGGAGGACGACAGCUUCGACGCUGCCAUCAUAGCCGCGGUGGAUGGAGAUCUGGCACUGGCCGCCUAUCUGAUCCCCCUUUUGCACCACUCCUUUAGUUCAGCGGUGCGAUCCAAGGUUGAAAUGUGGCAGUGUGGAACUUCGCCCGAGUCUGGCCCUCAGCAUUCCGAUGGUCUGCGACCGGGAUCCUCGGCGAGUGCGAACCUGUCGCCGACGACUCCCCGCAAACGCCGGCGCCGAGCCAGCUCUGGAGGCGGUGGUGCUGGCGAUGGCGACGGCGAUGAUGACGACGAGGAGAGAGAGUUUGGAAACGCCAACGGCAACCCGGAGAGUCACAGCUCGCCGCUCCUGGCGUGUCCCUUUCACAAGCUGAACCCGAUCAAGUAUGGGAUUCAGCACAGCGCCACGACGGCCACUACGAAAAACGACUACUACCGGCCCUGUGCAGGACCCGGCUUCAAGACCAUCCAGAGGUUAAAGGAGCAUUUGAAACGCAAACAUACCGUCGUUCAGUGUCAGCGAUGCUACAAGAUCUUUCGAGGCCAAAGCCGGGAGGCGUCUGUCAAGCUGGAGGAGCACUCGAGGACUGAUGAGCCGUGUCAAAAAGGCGAUCCCAACCUGCGAGAGGGCAUCAGCACAACACAGUGGGCAUCUCUCGACAGGCAAAACCGGAAGAAGCCACAGGAGGCCCACAAGCUUGAGAAGUGGUUCGAGAUCUGGACGAUACUGUUCCCGGGCAAAGAGAAGCCCCCGACACCAUGGUAUGAUGGACUUCCAAUUGACUCGGGGGGUCCUCCGACCAGAGAGAGCGAGGAGUUUGCAAGCAUCUUUGUAAACAUACUCAGCCACAAGGUUCGCCAGGGCGACAUCGCACUGCAGGCAGACCAGAACACAAUGGAGCGCCUCAGAAACGUGGUACAGCAGACAUUUCGAACCUGGACCAGCCUUCGCGACGGUCCUCAGAGCGACGCAUCAUCGAGCCUGACCGGCAGCGGCCACCAGUCGUCUUCACGCGUCGGUGGUUCCUCGACACACUUCUCAGGCCCCUCGGGAAGCGCCUCCCGCCAGCCGACUGCCUCUUCCUUCACCACCAUCUCCGCAUCCGGCCAGGUGAACCCCAUGUCGCACCCAUCCCCUCGGCACCACCAGCAGCAGCAGCAGCAGCAGCAGCAACAACAACAACAACAACAGUUCCCCAUGCAUCAGCUCAGCAUGCAGCCCGCAAACGGCGGGCUGCAGUUCAUCGCCAUGCCCAUCGGCCGGCAGGCCACCUUUGCACCGGCCAUGCCGGCCCACAAUUACGGCAUGCACUUGCCCGAGGACAUGAACUGCCUGCACCUCUACCCGGUGCAGGCGCAGAUGACGCCGGCGAUCUGGACCACGGCGGCGCCGGGCAUGCAGUACCACUUUCCGGGGACGGUCUCCCCGCAUGCGUUCAACGGGGGCGCGGCGCAGCAGAUCAGCGGGGCUGAGUUUUUCGCUGGGGACGGUUCAGAGAACUUUGUGUCUGGGAUCGAUGGGGAGUUUGGGAUGCAGUGAGCUGAAAAGAGACGAGAGGUUAUGGCGGGUAGCUGGGUAGAGCAAGGCGCAACACGGGUUUGGUUUUUUGUUUUUGUCUCCUCUACAGCACGACAGGCUCUAUACUUGACGUCUUCACAAAUGCCUGGACCAAUAAAGGCCUUCCUGAACAGCUAAAACACACCAAAAAACAGGAUCAUAAUUCUUUUCUACUCGACUCCGAGACCAACACUGUUAUGCAACAUGGACAGCUUCCUUCUCCUUCUCAUCAAUAGACUCGGCGUCUCCAUCCUUUUUGGCGGCGAUGGAGUCUGCCGAGUCGACCACGACGGGCUUGCCGCGGAGCUGGUCCCAAACGGCCUUGUGCAUGGGCUUGGCGAAGAGGGCGUCCAUCUGCUCGAUGAAGAUGCCUGGGGAGUAGAGGGUGUUUGUUAGUGUCUCCAUCCGACAAUAUAUAUACAUGUAUAUAUAUAUAUAAAAGAAAAGUAAACAAGUAAAAAAGGACAUCAAGCUUACCUCUCGUCUCGGGCACAAAGAAGAAAGCCCAGAUGCCCAUGGC